AUUCAAGUGAGUGAAUUCAGAUAUAACUGAAGCUUGUUAGAGGGCUUUUUAAAAAUAAAAAAUUGAUUCCGUGCAUGAGAGCAAGUUACUGCUGCUUACCGUUCAGAGACUUACAGGUGCUUGCCUGCAUUGCAAUAAAGGACUCAUAUAUUGAGCAAGACUUAUAUUUAUCUCUUCAUUUUGGAGAGCCUAAUAAACUGUUAUUACAGUUUCUCUACUGACUUUCAAAAGUUUUGAAGUUUGAAAGAGACAUCUUUGCAAUUAACACAGCAUGAGCACGGCCAGAACAGAGAACCCUGUUAUAAUGGGUCUGUCCAGUCAAAAUGGUCAGCUGAGGGGCCCUGUGAAGCCCAGUGGUGGCCCCGGAGGAGGGGGCACACAGACGCAGCAACAGAUGAACCAGUUGAAAAACACCAACACAAUCAAUAAUGGCACUCAGCAGCAAGCACAGAGUAUGACCACCACUAUAAAGCCUGGUGAUGACUGGAAAAAGACUUUAAAACUCCCUCCAAAGGAUCUAAGAAUCAAAACCUCGGAUGUGACCUCCACAAAAGGAAAUGAGUUUGAAGAUUACUGUUUGAAACGGGAGUUAUUGAUGGGAAUUUUUGAAAUGGGCUGGGAAAAGCCAUCUCCUAUUCAGGAGGAGAGCAUUCCCAUUGCUUUAUCUGGUAGGGAUAUCUUAGCUAGAGCAAAAAAUGGAACAGGCAAGAGCGGUGCCUACCUCAUUCCCUUACUUGAACGGCUAGACCUGAAGAAGGACAAUAUACAAGCAAUGGUGAUUGUUCCCACUAGAGAACUUGCUCUACAGGUCAGUCAAAUUUGCAUCCAGGUCAGCAAACACAUGGGAGGGGCCAAAGUGAUGGCAACCACAGGAGGAACCAAUUUACGGGAUGACAUAAUGAGGCUUGAUGACACAGUGCAUGUGAUAAUCGCUACCCCUGGCAGAAUCCUGGAUCUUAUCAAGAAAGGAGUAGCAAAGGUUGAUCAUGUCCAGAUGAUAGUAUUGGAUGAGGCAGAUAAGUUGCUAUCACAGGAUUUUGUGCAGAUAAUGGAGGAUAUUAUUCUCACAUUACCUAAAAACAGGCAGAUUUUACUAUAUUCCGCUACUUUCCCUCUUAGUGUGCAAAAGUUCAUGAAUUCCCAUUUGCAGAAACCCUAUGAGAUUAACCUGAUGGAGGAACUAACGUUGAAGGGAGUAACCCAGUACUACGCAUAUGUAACUGAGCGCCAAAAAGUACACUGCCUCAACACACUUUUCUCCAGGCUUCAGAUAAACCAGUCGAUCAUUUUCUGUAACUCCUCUCAGCGAGUUGAAUUGCUAGCCAAGAAGAUUUCUCAACUGGGUUAUUCGUGCUUCUAUAUUCAUGCUAAAAUGAGGCAGGAACAUCGAAAUCGUGUAUUUCAUGAUUUCCGAAAUGGCUUAUGCCGCAAUCUUGUUUGCACUGAUCUGUUUACCCGAGGUAUUGAUAUACAAGCUGUGAAUGUGGUAAUAAACUUUGACUUCCCAAAGCUGGCAGAGACCUAUCUUCAUCGUAUUGGAAGAUCAGGUCGCUUUGGUCAUCUUGGCUUAGCCAUCAACUUGAUCACAUAUGAUGAUCGCUUCAACCUGAAAAGUAUUGAGGAGCAGCUGGGAACAGAAAUUAAACCUAUCCCAAGCAACAUUGACAAGAGCCUGUAUGUGGCAGAGUACCACAGCGAGCCUGUAGAAGAUGAAAAACCUUAACAAGCAUGCUUUGACAAACUACAGAAGGCUCCUUUGGAUCUGUCACAUCUUUUUUGGGGGGUGCUCUUCUCUUUGUGGGUUUUUCAUCUUUUAUUUUGAAACUAUGAAGACUUAAAAGAGCUCAGACAUUUUUCUUUUUUAACUGGUGAAGAGAAAACUGAAAAGAAGGAAUAUACCUUUUUUGUUCCACUUGUUUGCACUGUGUGCUGACUGAACAUUAGUUGCACUAACUGCUGGUUUUUAAAAAAUGUUUUCUGGGGAAAGGGGACAAGGAAGGAGGAAAAGAAGAGAAGGGGAGAAACCCUAAGAAGAGAAGAAUAUUGAUGAACACACAAGCUUGUCUACAAUUUCAAAAUUCUCCAACAGCUGACUCUUGAGUGCAUUUCAACUUCUCCCUGAUUACUCAUCCGUUUUUUAAGCCUGAAGAGCUUAUUACUUAUUUGUGCGAAGUGCCUUAUGCUAUGAGACCAUGCAGAAUAUCAUCUUUUAGACACAGCCCAAGGAAUCAACAAAAUAAUUUUCAUUUUUUUCCCCCUUUCUUUUUAAAAAAUUUUUGUCUGUUUGUUUUAGUUUCACGGUGAAGUCUCUUCCCUUUCUACCCAUUACUCAAGCCCAGGGCUGGAAGAGGAAACUUACUAGUAAUGUUAAACACCAUUUUUGUUUUCUUUAUGUGGAGGAGUUGACAUGCAGCAGCAGUUCAUCCGCACUGUAAAUACAUGUAUUUAAAAAAACAAUCCCAACUAAAAAUUUCUUCUGGGCUGAGUAGAUGUAUCAUCGCUCCCAAAGGAAAGAGCAGUCUAUCAUUGCAGGAGCCAUAUGACAAGCCUUUGUGCUCUAUAGCAGAACACUAAAGACUGGUUUACAUACGUCUCCAUUAGCAGUAUGGCACUUGAUGUGUAGACAUGUCAGAGCCUUGACCCUCUUUCCUCUGGCAAAGCGCGUCCCAUAGAAAAUUGGGUGUGUAUACUUGUAUAAACUUUGUAAAUAAGUUUUUUUUCUGGGUUCACAUAUAUAUAUAUAUAUAUAUAUACAUAUAUAUAUAUUAUUUUUUUUUGGAUGAAGGUUGCUGGGAUUAAGGGAUUAGAGUGAUUAUGGGAGCAGCUCAAGAUGAGAGGGGCUCAGUUUUCCGCAACACUAAAUUCUCAGAAGUCCUUUGGCCUUUUACUGUAGAGCGCAUACCUCUAUGGGGACCCCGUGUUAGAAAAGGGACCUAGAAGUCUGGGGUGCACCGUUUGCUGCCACACUGUCUCAUCUAGAAUAUUUGUAUAAUCGAGAUGAAUUUUUGAGAAGCUCUCUGGUACUGCAUCUCCUUUUCUAAAAGUUUGAGGAACUUUCUCAAACUGCAGAAGGGAGCAAAGAUUAAUCUACUUUGCAGUAUGAGAAUUCAGUUGAGUGGCAGCAUCGCUGAGCAGAAUAUGUAUAAAGCAUGGGUUUGCAUUUCAGAAUAUUUAACCAGUACCAGCUUUGGCAGUGUUAGCAGUUCUGGAACUUAAUUUUCUGUGGGUCAUCUCUUGUAGUGUUGUAAAUGUGUUGCCCUCUGCCUAUCUUGAUACAUAAACUUGCAGGAAUGGGCAACCCCAAGAGCUGUUAACUUUCAUGCUACAGAAAGCUGCUUACCAUCCUCUUGCGUUGUUGACACGAAUCUUUACCUGUCAUUUUGCGUUGUAAAUUGCUGGCAGAUGCUUAACAGUCAAUAGUGUUGCUUUGAAUUGUGCCCCUCCCAACAUGCUUGAUGUUUGGCCUGAUCUCCAGGCAAAAGGAGUGAGAUGAAUCAAAACCAGUGAACUUUUUUUUUUUUUUUAAUGUUUUUAAUCCCCUUUUAACCCAGUAUACUAGGUCAAUCAGGAGUCAUCUAGGGAGAAAAAAGCAAAACACAAAAUUGAAAAAAAUUACUUCCAUACUCUGUUGUUUCUCAAAACCCUAAAAUAUUAUAAGAUAAAUCCUGCAUUUGCUUUCAUGCUUAACUCAUCUGGAUAAAGAAAUAAUUAUUUGAAGUUGCUUUUUUGACUCUGCCUAGUUCUAAGCAAAACUGUUUGCAAGUCACCCAAAAUUCCUUGAGGAUCAAAAUCCUACAGAUGCCUCCUGAUCAGACAUAGCCCUGACUCCUUAACUGUAGCAAGAGCUGCACAGUACAAACCCAAAAAAAAGCAAGUUAAUUUCUUUGGAAUCCCAAGUGGUAUAUCCAAUGUUGGUUACUAAAUACAAAUCCUAAUUAAGGACAUUAAGUGUCUUUUUCCAGGGAAGGGUGGGGGUGGGAACUUAAAAGGUGUCACCUUUUGACCAACAAACAGAUCUUGCCCUUGUACUGAUGCAGCUCUUUCUCCCCCACCUCUGGUGAGGUAAGAGGGAUCGCUCAUGUAAAACAAGAACAGUGUAAAUGUGAUUUUAUAUCUUGCUAAAAAGUGGGCAAGUGCAGUCUUUUUGUCGACCUUAGGCUGCUCUGCCGGGUGCCACAUGCCUGUGGGUCCCUCUUAAAGCACAGAAUUAAAAUAGAAAGUAUUACUGAAGUACAGCCUCUGAUGAGGAGUGGCACUUAAAACUAUCUGGGACACCAGGAUUGGACGCUGACAUUUAAUGAGGCAGCUGUCUGGUUCUGGUGCUUAACUCGAAUAGGAAUUGUUAAAUGGAAAGAUGCUCUAAAGACUAGGUCAGUCCUAGUCUUUUUUCUUUUUCUUUUUUUUUUUCUUUUUUUUUCUCCCCUCAAGGAGAAUUGUUGCAAUUGGACAUUGUCUUCAGAUUCUUUGUAAUAUUGGGUUUGUUUUUAAAUAAUGUUAUAUUUUCCCUGCAGCGGUUCAUUUAGAUGAGAACCAGUCCCUAUAUUAAAACUAUGUCCAACUCAUGUUGUGAAAGUAUAAGAAAUUACUGCCUUUCACUUAGUGGACUAAGUUUAUCCUAAAAGAUCAUUCUUGGGAAGAAGUAAGAAAGAGGAAAACUUAAAUAUAUUUCUGAAUUAUUUUCAAGUUGGUCCCAGCAUCCGUAACAUUGGGUUAUCCCAUUGGGUUAUAACCAAAGGUUGGGGGGGUGGGUAGAUGGUUAUCAGUAUUUCUUUUCAGAAUGAGAUGGGAGCAUCUUUCCUUUGUCACUUGCUUUGUGUUUGAUACCAUCAUAGUUAGAACAAGAUAACUCAGCACAAAGCCUUGAGUGUAGGUGGUUGAAAUCAGAACAUCUCAUUCUGAUCACUUGAUUUAUUUUUUUUUUAAUAAGGGGGGGAGGGAGGGUACUGUGCCCCCAAAAGGGAGGGUGUCUGCACUAAGGAUUUAGAAACACUGUGGAAGCUCAUAACCUCAUCGGAAACUGCCUUUAGCCACACUCCUGACCUACUAGAUGAGUAACAAAAAGAUGAAAUAAAUUUCUUGGGAAUUAAGCCAUGUUAUUUUAAUUUGCUAUGUCUUUUUCAACUGUCUUACGUACCUUUAAAAUUGUUGUGGAAUCAUUUUCUUGCCAAAUGUCUUUGUCAGGCAAAAUUAUUGACCUCAUGGGAGCUGAAGUAAGUCAGCUUUUUGGUGAACUUAAUGUGGAUUUUUGUGACUUUGUAGUUUGACUUUAUACCCAUAAAGAUUUUUUUUUUAACUCCAAAAGAAAAUCUUCAAACUCAUCUUUGGGGUAAAGAGUUACGUGUCCAAAGGUUGUCCCAGUUCAUGAGGUGUCAGAGGGAGCUCGCCUGGCACCUGGACCUUGCCCUUCCACAGCUGACAGAUUCCAGCAGAAGUGUAUUUCAAUUCUGCAGUAGACAACACUGGGCAGGGGAAGGGAGGGGUAGGGCUGGGUUGUUAAGAUACAGGCUACUGUGUUUUAACCGGUGGUUGGGGAGGGGUGCCUGGAGAAAACAAAAGUCGCUUCCCUUUUUUGAAACAAAACUUUAAAAAUACAAUUUUUGUUCAUUAAAAACGGGAGAAAAUUCCAGUGUCCCUAGCCACAAGGGACCAGUUCCACUGAGAAGUGAGCAGUGGGAACUCAAAUUUUUGAAUAUAUUUAAGGAAAGAGAAAAUUGGCUUUCUGUUAAUUGGCAAGUGUUCCAGUGGGGCUCUGUUUGGGUUGGGAUGUGUUCUGUUGUAUGUAUGUGUACAUGGACCAGAGUCUGCUGAGUUUUACAAGGUUCACAAAAGAUGGUUGGAAAAAUCUUGAUUUUUGUUAAUUUCUCAAUAAAAGCCCACUGGAACUCCA